AUGAAAGUGUUCCUCCUCCUCCUCCAUGUCAGGGUGAUCAGGGACCUGUUCCUGUCCUGUAACGGUCUGAACCAGGUGACGGAGCUCAUCUACCUGGACCAGACUCGGGCCUGGGCCCUCAAGGUGUUUGAGACGUUAAUACUUGGAGUUGGAGUGGAGCACCAGGACCAGGUCCCAAUAGGGGACCCGAGGGCCCAGGAGAGAGGGACCAUGCUGGGCCUGGCUGAGGAGCUGGGAUCCCGUGGGGCUGGAAGUACCGGAGGUCCCAUAGGAGAAGGGGGCCCACAGAGCCUUUCCAAGUUCUACGAGUGUCUAAAAGAGGCAUGCCCAAGGAGGUGGGAACACAGAGUGGGAGGGGCCAGGGAGAGACCCAUCUGAACACCAUCAACCUCUUCCUGUGUGUGGCGUUCCUCUGCGUCAGCAAGGAGGCCGACUCGGACCGGGCUUGGUAAACGACCAAGUUUAUUUUUAAAAGGGUUUUUUUCCCCCCCAAAAAAUUUUAAAAAGGGUAGGGAAAGGGCUCUCCUUUGGGCCCCCCCCUUUUUUAAAAAAAGGGAAAAGGGGCCCGGUUGCGGCCAGCCCUUUUCGGGGUUUUUUGAAAAGGUUCCCCCCUUGAAAAAAAAGGGGGGGAGAAAGGCCGUCGCCCCCCCCGAAAAUUUCGGGUUGUAGAGGUCCCGGGGUUUCGUUUUUUAAAGGGGGCCUUUUUUUUCCUUUUCCCAAAGGGGGAAAAAGGGGUUUAAAGAAAAAAGGCCCCCCCCAUUAAUCAACCUUUCCCUGUUGUUUUUUUCUCCAGGGCGGACUAAACCGGGCUCGGGCCGGGGGUUUUCGGUUUUAGACGUUAAUACUUGGAGGGAUGGGCACCCCCGGGCCCCCCGGGAGCCCCCAGGCCCAGGGGAAGGGAAUUUUUUUUGGCCCCGGGGAUCCCGUGGGGGGGGAAAAAACGGAUUUUCCCAUGGAGGGGGGGGGGCCAAGAGUUUAAAUUUAAAGGGGGCAAAAAAGGGGGGGGGGGGAAAACAAGGGUCAGGGGUUUUAAAGGGGGGGGGGAAAACAUCAACAAAAAACCCUUCCUUGUUUUUCCUCCCCCGGGGCCGACCCCCCUUGACCGGGAAAGACCGGGUCUCUGGGAAAACAGUAGGUUUCCCCCUGGGGAGGGGGACCCCUCCCCUGACGGGGGGGCUCCCUCCCUUUGUUUUUUAACCACAUUCUUUUUAUUGUCCACAAUGUUUUUGGGGUUUAGGUUACUUAAAAAAAUUUUAAAUAGAACCCCUUAAAGGGUUGGGGUAAACUAAUCUUUUUUAAAUUUUUUAAAAAAUUCCCUUUUUUAAAAAGGGGUUUUUCCUUAAAAGUUCAUUUUACCCCUCUGUAGGGUAAGGACAAACCAAAAUGUUUCAGUAGAAUUUUUUGAAUUUUUAAAAAAAAAACCCCUAAUUUAGUAAAAAAUUUCUUUAAUUUGUGGCCCCCCUCAAAAUUUAGUGGGCCUACCCCCCUUUAAUGUUUAGUAACCCCCCUUCCUUUGAUCAAUGUUUCAGUUACCCCCCUUUAAUUUUUGGGGCACUCCCUCUGAUCAAUUUUUCAGUAGACCUACCCCCUUUGUAAAUUUUUUGGGUUCCCCCCUUAAACAAUGUUUCGUAGCCUACUCCCGGGGAAAUGUUUCAGAAAGGCCUAUCCCCUGUAAAUGUUUCAGUAGACCUCCCCUUUUCAAAUUUUUGGGUUUUCCCCUCUUCUUUUAGUGACCCCUCCUUUUUUAUUUUGACCACCCCUUGUCAAUGUUUCGUAGACCUUCCCCGAAAAAUUUUAAAACCAUCCUCGAUAAAUGUUUCAGAGACCACUCCCUCUGAAAUUUCAGUAGGCCCCCCCCCAUUUUUUUAAACCCCCUUGAUCAAUUUUCAGUAGCCCACUCCCUUUAUCAAUGUUUCAGAAACCCUCUCGAUCAAUUUUUUCAUAGACCUACUCCUUGUCAAUGUUUCAGAGGCCACCCCCUCUGAUAAAUUUUUUUCGUGGGGCUACCCCCUUGAUAAAUUUUUCGGGGGCUACUCCCCUGAUAAGUUUAAAGAAUUCCCCCCCCCUUUUUGUUCCCUAUCAAGGGUUUUUGUGGGCCUACUCCCCCCCACAAUGUUUUAGAAACCCACUUUUAAAGCAAACCCCACCCCUUUUUCCCUUCUUAAAACAAAAAACACCACACCCCAAACCCUUUUCCCACGGCCCCCACACACAAACACAAAAAAACCCCCAGUUUUAAGUAACUGUUAAAGCUUCCCCCCUUUUUUAAAUGAUUGCUAUGGUACAAAUAGUUUUUAAAAAUUUUUCAAAAAUUGUUUGAAAACACUGGAACCACUGACUUUAGAUAACUUUCACACAAGUCCCUCCCCCCCAACCCCCUCGCUCCCACUUCCUCCACACUUUUAUUGGUGCUUUGUUGGGGAAAGGAAAAAGAACCCUUUAAGGAGGACUUUAAAAAAAAAACCCCCCCCCCCCGUCAUCACCCCAUUAUAACCCCCCUCAAACACCCCCCACUAUAACACCCAGUCUAAAACCCCCAUCAUCACCCCAGUCUAUCCACCCCCGUCAUAAAACCCCAGUUUUCCCCCCAGUCUAUAACACCCCAGUCUAUCACACCCCCGUCUUCACACCCCAGUUUUCCACCCCAGUCUAUCACCCCCCCAUCCUAAACACCCCAGUCUAUAACACCACCCAGAGUCUUCCCCCCUCAAACCCCAGUCUAUACACACCCCAGUCUAUCCCCCCAGUCUAUAACACCCCAGUCUAUCACACCCCAUCUAUCCCCCCCAGUCUUUCCCCACCCCAGUCGAAUCCCACCCCCCUCUAUCCACCACCCAGUCUAUCACACCCCAGUCUAUCACACCCCAGUCUAUCACACCCCAGUCUAUCACACCCCAGUCUAUCACACCCCAGUCUAUAACACCCCAGUCUAUCACACCCCAGUCUAUCACACCCCUCUCUAUCCCACCCCAGUCUAUCACACUAUACACCACCCCAGUCUAUCACACCCCAGUCUAUCCCACCCCAGUCUAUCACACCCCAGUCCUAAACACCCCAGUCUAUCCCACACCCCAGUCUAUCAAACCCCUCUCUAUCACCCCCCAGUCUAUCACCACCCCAGUCUAUCACACCCCACCAGUCCACACACCCCUUCUAUCCCCACCCCAGUCUAUCCCACCCCAGUCUAACACCCAUCUAUCACCCCCAGUCUAUCCACCCACACACCCUCUCUAUCAUCAUCACCCCAGUCUAUCCCACCCCAGUCUAUAACACCCCAGUCUAUCACACACCCCCAGUCUAUCCACAUCACACCCCUCUCUAAACCCACCCCAGUCUUUCACCCACACCCCAGUCUAUCCACACCCCAGUCUUUCCCCACCCAGUCCUAUCACCACCCCAGUCUAUCCCACCCCAGUCUAUCCACAACCCCAGUCUAUACACCCCCAUCUUACCAUGCACACCCCCAGUCUAUACAACCACCCCUCUCUAUCCACCCAUUCCAACACCCCAGUCUAAACCACAACCCCAGUCUAUACCAACACACACAACCCCCAGUCUAUCCACCCCAGCUAUAACCCAGCAUCCCAUUUCUCACACCCAUCCUUCAACACCCCUCUCUAUCCCCCCCAUCUUUCACAACCCCAUCUACCCCCCAGUCUUUCACCCCAGUCUAAUCCCACAACCCCCAGUCUAUCCACCCCAGUCUAUCACACCCCAGUCUAUAACACCCCAGUCUAUCACACCCCAGUCUAUCACACCCCAGUCUUAUCCCACCCCAGUCUAUACACCCCCAGUCUAUACACCCCAGUCUACGUUACACACCCCAGUCUAUAACACCCCAGUCUAUAACACCCCAGUCUAUCACACCCCAGUCUAUCACACCCCAGUCUUAUCACACCCCAGUCUAUAACACCCCAGUCUAUAACACCCCAGUCUAUAACCCCAGUCUUUCACACCCCAGUCUAUAACACCCCAGUCUAUCACACCCCAUCUAUCCCCCCUCUCUAUCCCACCCCAGUCUUUCCCCACCCCAGUCUAUCACAACACACCAUCUAUAACACCCCAGUCCCUAUAACACCCCAGUCUUUCACACAACCCCAGUCUAUAACACCCCAGUCUAUAACACCCCAGUCUUUCACACCCCAGUCUAUAACACCCCAGUCUAUAACACCCCAGUCUAUAACACCCCAGUCUUUAACACCCCAGUCUAUAACACCCCAGUCUAUAACACCCCAGUCUAUAACACCCCAGUCUUUCACACCCCAGUCUAUCACCACCCCAGUCUUUCACACCCCAGUCUAUCACACCCCAGUCUAUCACACCCCAGUCUAUAACACCCCAGUCUAUAACACCCCAGUCUUUCACACCCCAGUCUUCACACCCCAGUCUAUCACACCCCAGUCUAUAACACCCCAGUCUUUCACACCCCAGUCUUUAACACCCCAGUCUAUCACACCCCAGUCUAUAACACCCCAGUCUUUCACACCCCAGUCUUUCACACCCCAGUCUUUCACACCCCGGAUAACACCCAGUCUUUCAACACCCCAGUCGUAUCCAACCCCAGGGCUAUCCCACCCCAGUCUAUCACAACAAACCCCAGUCUAUCCCACCCAGUCAUCCCACCCCUCUAUAACACCCCAGGGCUUCACACCCCAGUCUAUCACACCCCAGUCUAUCACACCCCAGUCUAUCCCACCCCAGUCUAUCCCACCCCAGUCUAUCACACCCCAGUCUAUCACACCCCAGUCUAUCACACCCCAGUCUAUAACACCCCAGUCUAUAACACCCCAGUCUAUAACACCCCAGUCUAUAACACCCCAGUCUACCUUUGAAGCAUCUCUUUGAGGAGCCUAUUCCUGUUCAGGUCUACCUGUGCCAUCUAGAUGUGUGCAUAGCCUAGUUAGUUCAAGGAAGCAGCUUGCUUGCUUGCUAGGUAACAUGACUAGCUAGCUACACAAUGUUGUUUGUUAUCAAAACAAAACAAUUGGGGUUUAAAGCGGCCCGCCGAUCUGCGGCAGAAUGAAGGAACACACAGUGCCUUCAGACAGUAUUCACACCCCUUGACUUUUUCCACAUUUUGUUGUGUUACAGCCUAAAAUUGAUUAAAUUGAGGUUUUUUGGUCUCUGGCUUCACUCAAUACCCCAUAAUGUCAAAGUGGAAUUAUGUUUUUCAAUUUUAUUUACAAAUUAAUUACAAAUGAAAAACUGAAAUGACUUGAGUCAAUAAGUAUUCAACCCCUUUGAAAUGGCAAGCCUAAAUAAGUUCAGGAGUAAAAAAAAAAAAAAGCUUAACAAGUCACAUAAUAAGUUGCAUGGACUCACUCUGAGGGGUACCUAUGGGUAGAUUAAAGAAAAAGCAGACAUUGAAUAUCCCUUUGAGCAUGGUGAAGUUUAUCAAUACACCCAGUCACUACAAAGCUACAGGUGUCCUUCCUAACUCAGUUGCCGGAGAAGAAAGAAACCACUCAGGGAUUUCACCAUGAGGCCAAUGGUGACUUUAAAACAGUUACAGAGUUUAUUGGCUGUGAUAAGAGAAAACUGAGGAUGGAUCAACAACAUUGUAGUUACUCCACAAUACUAACCUAAAUGACAGAGUGAAAAGAAGGAAGCCUGUAAAGAAUACAAAUAUUCCAAAACAUGCAUCCUGUUUGCAACAAGGCACUAAACUAAUACUGCAAAAAAAAUAAGCUAAGCAAUUAACUUUUUUUCCUCAUUACAAAAUUGUAUGUUUGGGGCAAAUCCAAUACAACACAUUACUGAGUACCACUCUCCAUAUUUUCAAGCAUAGUGGUGGCUGCAUCAUGUUAUUGGUAUGCUUGUAAUCGUUAAGGGCUGGGGAGUUUCCAGGAUAAAAAAGAAACGGAAUGGAGCUAAGCACAGGCAAAAUCCUUGAGGCAAACCUGGUUCAGUCUGUUUUCCACCAGACACUGGGAGAUUAAUUACCUUUCAGAAGGACAAUAACCUAAAACACAGCGCCAAAUCUACACUGGAGUUGCUUACGAAGAAGACAGUGAAUGAGUGGGCGAGUUACAGUUUUGACUUAAAUCUGCUUGAGAAUUUAUGGCAAGACCUGAAAAUGGUUGUCUAGCAAUGAUCAACAACCAAUUUGACAGAGCUUGAAGAAUUUUGAAAAGAAUAAUGGGCAAAUGUUGCAGAAUCCAGGUGUGGAAAUCUCUUAGAGACUGACCCAGAAAGACUGACAGCUGUAAUCGCUGCUAAAGGUGAUUCUAACAUGUAUUGACUCAGGGGGUUGAAUACUUAUGUAAUCAAGAUACACUGAGUGUACAAAACAUUAGGAACACCUUCCUAAUAUUGAGUUGCACCCGAUUGAAGUGGAUUCAAUAAGUUACAUUGACCAGGUGAAAGCUAUGAUCCUUAUUAGUCUAUUCCAUGGAAAGACCUCCUGUUCCUAAUGUUUUGUCUACUGUAUAUUAGUGUUUUAUUUUUUUAAUAAAUUCAGACAUUUGUAAGACAUUUUUCUUCCACUUCGACACUUGAGUAUUUUGUGUAGAUCGUUGGCAAAAAAUGACAAUUAAAUCAAUUUUAAUCCCACUUUGUAACACAACAAAAUGUGGAAAAAGUCAAGGGGUGUGAAUCCUUCCUGAAGGCACUGUAGCUCCGGUAAUAUUGGGCAUAACGUCGACAUGAUUUUGGCUACACGGUCUUCAGAUAUGUAAAGGCCCAAGCAAAGAAUGCAGCUGUGUUCCGUGUUGUGUUCUGCGCUUAAAAGGUUCCCUGCUGAACAUGUGCUCUUAAAAGGUUCCGUGCUGAACAUGUGCUCUUAAAAGGUUCCGUGCUGAACAUGUGCUCUUAAAAGGUUUCCGUGCUGAACAUGUGCUCUUAAAAGGUUCCCUGCUGAACAUGUGCUCUUAAAAGGUUCCGUGCUGAACAUGUGCUCUUAAAAGGUUCCGUGCUGAACAUGUGCUCUUAAAAGGUUCCCUGCUGAACAUGUGCUCUUAAAAGGUUCUGUGUUGUGUUCUGCGCUUAAAAGGUUCCGUGUUGUGUUCUGCGCUUAAAAGGUUCCCUGCUGAACAUGUGCUCUUAAAAGGUUCCGUGCUGAACAUGUGCUCUUAAAAGGUUCCGUGUUGUGUUCUGCGCUUAAAAGGUUCCGUGUUGUGUUCUGCGCUUAAAAGGUUCCCUGCUGAACAUGUGCUCUUAAAAGGUUCCGUGUUGUGUUCUGCGCUUAAAAGGUUCCGUGUUGUGUUCUGCGCUUAAAAGGUUCCCUGCUGAACAUGUGCUCUUAAAAGGUUCCGUGUUGUGUUCUGCGCUUAAAAGGUUCCGUGUUGUGUUCUGCGCUUAAAAGGUUCCCUGCUGAACAUGUGCUCUUAAAAGGUUCUGUGUUGUGUUCUGCGCUUAAAAGGUUCCGUGUUGUGUUCUGCGCUUAAAAGGUUCCGUGUUGUGUUCUGCGCUUAAAAGGUUCCCUGUGUUGUGUUCUGCUUAAAAGGUUCCGUGUUGUGUUCUGCGCUUAAAAGGUUCCGUGUUGUGUUCUGCGCUUAAAAGGUUCCGUGUUGUGUUCUGCGCUUAAAAGGUUCCGUGUUGUGUUCUGCGCUUAAAAGGUUCCGUGCAGUGAAGAAAUGGAGAUGCGAUUUAACAGAGUCAAAACAUUUUACGCUGAUAAACAUGUCACGCAUUCACAUUAUUAACGCGAUAACUUUGACAGCCCUAAUUAAUAUCAAGGAUUUCAGAGUGUAUACUAUACAUAUAAUAUUUACAUUUUUGUCAUUUACCAAAGCGAUUAUUUAUAUAUAUAAUAAAUAUAUUACCUAAUAAUAUAUUAAAUAAUACAUCUAAUCUUUGAACUUUAACAGGUGCGGCGUGCCGCGGACGUGUGGUCGGUGUGUCGCUGGAUCUACCUGGCGAGUCCCGUGUUCCAGAGACAGUUCUACCGGCUCGGGGGACUAGACGUCUGUUCCCGCCUCAUGACCAUGGUCAUCCAAAAUCUCACCUCUAAGACCAAGGAUGGCAAGAAGAAGAGAGAUGGGAAGGCUAGCCCUGACUCCCCUGCCCCAUCACCAACCUCUACGCCAACCCCAGGUUUGAUCGAUUGAUUGAUUUUAUUUGACAGUUACAAAAAAUACAAAUACACAAUACAUGCAUUUUAAAACUGGACAGGGAUGACACAAGGACUUAUGUCCAUUGAGGUCCCUUAAAGUGCAUCAGCCUUUCUUAAAGUAUGGGUUGCAACCCAAAGUGGGUCGUGACGUGUUAAAGGUGGGUCGCGAUGUCAGGGUAAAAAAAAUAAACAUACAGUACCUGUCAAAAGUUUGGACACACCUACUCCUUCAAGGGUUUCUCUUAAUUUUUUUUACUAUUUUUUACAUUGUAGAAUAAUAGUGAAGACAUCAGAACUAUGAAAUAACACAUAUGGAAUCAUGUAGUAACCAAAAAAGUGUUAAACAAAUCAAAAUAUAUUUUAUAUUUGAGAUUCUUCAAAGUAGCCACCCUUUGCCUUGAUAACAGCUUUGCACACUCUUGGCAUUCUCUCAACCAGCUUCACCUGGAAUGCUUUUCCAACAGUCUUGAAGGAGUUCCCACAUAUGCUGAGCACUUGUUGGCUGCUUUUCCUUCACUCUGCGGUCCAACUCAUCCCAAACCAUCUCAAUUGGGUUGAGGUUGGGUGAUUGUGGAGGCCAGGUCAUCUGAUGCAGCACUCCAUCACUCUCCUUCUUGGUCAAAUAGCCCUUACACAGCCUGGAGGUGUGUUGGGUCAUUGUCCUGUUGAAAAACAAAUGAUAGUCCCACUAAGCCCAAACCAGAUGGGAUGGCGUAUCGCUGCAGAAUGCUGUGGUAGCCAUGCUGGUUAAGUGUACCUUGAAUUCUAAAAGAAUCACAGACAGUGUCACCAGCAAAGCACCCCCACACCAUCACACCUCCUCCUCCAUGCUUCACGGUGGGAACCACACAUGCGGAGAUCAUUCGUUCACCUACUCUGCGUCUCACAAAGACCUGGCGGUUGGAACCAAUAAUCUCAAAUUUUGACUCAUCAGACAAAAAGGACAGAUUUCCACCAGUCUAAUGUCCAUUGCUCAUUUUUCUUGACUCAAGCAAGUCUCUUCUUCUUAUUGGUGUCCUUUAGUAGUGGUUUCUUUGCAGUAAUUCGACCAUGAAGGCCUGAUUCACGCAGUCUCCUCUGAACAGUUGAUGUUGAGAUGUGUCUUUGACUCGAACUCUGUGAAGCAUUUAUUUGGACUGCAAUUUCUGAGGCUGGUAACUCUAAUGAACUUAUCCUCUGCAGCAGAGGUAACUCUGGGUCUUCCAUUCCUGUGGCGGUCCUCAUGAGAGCCAGUUUCAUCAUAGCGCUUGAUGGUUUUUGCGACUGCACUUGAAGAAACUUUCAAAGUUCUUGAAAUCUUCCGAAUUGACUGACGUUCGUGUCUUAAAGUAAUGAUGGACUGUCGUUGCUCUUCGCUUAUUUGAGCUGUUCUUGCCAUAAUAUGGACUUGGUCUUUUACCAAAUAGGGCUAUCUUCUGUAUACCACCCCUACCUUGUCACAACACAACUGAUUGGCUCAAACGCAUUAAGAAGGAAAGAAAUUCCUCAAAUUAACUUUUAAGAAGGCACACCUGUUAAUUGAAAUGCAUUCCAGGUGACUACCUCAUGAAGCUGGUUGAGAGAAUGCCAAGAGUGUGCAAAGCUGUCAUCAAGGCAAAUGGUGGCUACUUCGAAGAAUCUCAAAUAUAAAAUAUAUUUUGAUUUGUUUAACACGUUUUUGGUUACUACAGGAUUCCAUAUGUGUUAUUUCAUAGUUUUGAUGUCUUCACUAUUAUUCUACAAUGUAGAAAAUAGUCAAAAUUUGGAAAAACCCUGGAAUGAGUAGGAGUGUCCAAACUUUUUACUGGUACUGUACAUAUGAAUAUAUAAUAUUUUUGGGGAACUCAGUCGGGGUCUCAACUUGCUGUUGAGAGUUAGAAUAGUAGAAUGCACAAGAUGCAAUUUAAAAAUAAAAGCAGUUUUUCUCUUGUUAUUUCAGUCGCUGACAGUCACUCAAUUAGCCAUGUCAGCGAACCAUUUUUAGAUUGGUAAAAACACUUGUGGUAACUCUGACCUCCAGGUGCCCCCCAUUUGAUGUUGUUAGUCACUCUCACUCAGAGAUCAUGUUAACAUGGCAUAAGUCAUGGCAAUAUGUGUAGAAUUUCAGGAAAUUAGCUUUAAAACUGCAAAGGUUUCUCUCCACCCCAUGGCAAAAUGGGUAGAAUUGCAUGACAUUUUUUUAUAAAAUUGCAACAUUUUCUCUCUGCCGCAUGGCUAAAUGUGUUUCAGGAAAUGAACUUGAAAACUUCAGUUUUUUCCUCUUUGCCGUCAAGAGGCAGAGAGAAAUAUGAAUCCAACCAAAUCUCGCUUAGGACCCCAAAAGGAAGCAUGGUUUCAUGAGCUAGCGUCCCAGGAAAUCACUGAAUUUCUAAUUUGGGUCCCAGGUUGAAAAAGUUGAAGAACCCCUGCAUUACGUAGAUACAGACAUGAAAACGGUUCUAUGGCUCAGUCAUCAGCCAGCUUUUGCCAUUCUGUUUGAAAGGUUGCACCACCCUGGGAGUGGAGGAUCCAGGGAAGGACCCAGCUGGAGCUGUGAGCCCAGACCAGGGUGGGCAGGGGCAGGGGAAGGGGACCCAGAAGGAUCCUUCCAGGAGGCUGGAUGAAGGGUGGCCUCUACAGAGCAUCAGAAUGCUGGAGGCCCUGCUAGCUAUCUGCCUGCACAGCGCUAACUCAGGCCUGCAGAGGAUCGAACCGGAGCUUUCAUUCCAGGUACCUAGACGUAGUACCAUUCCAGGUACCUAUCAGUCAGCCCCAUAUCAAUCAGCCCCAUAUCAAUCAGCCCCAUAUCAAUCAGCCCCAUAUCAAUCAGCCCCAUAUCUGCCUAUGUGCUCUUGAGCAAGGCACUUAAACAUAAUUUGCUCCAGGGUUGCUGUACUACUAUGGCUGACCCUGUAGAACAACACAUUACACUGGACCUAUCAUACUACUAUGGCUGACCCUGUAAAACAACACAUUACACUGGACCUAUCAUACUACUAUGGCUGACCCUGUAAAACAACACAUUACACUGGACCUAUCAUACUACUAUGGCUGACCCUGUAAAACAACACAUUACACUGGACCUAUCAUACUACUAUGGCUGACCCUGUAAAACAACACAUUACACUGGACCUAUCAUACUACUAUGGCUGACCCUGUAAAAACAACACAUUACACUGGACCUAUCAUACUACUAUGGCUGACCCUGUAAAACAACACAUUACACUGCACCUAUCAUACUACUAUGGCUGACCCUGUAAAACAACACAUUACACUGGACCUAUCAUACUACUAUGGCUGACCCUGUAAAACAACACAUUACACUGCACCUAUCUGGUGUAUGUGACAAUAAAUCAUAUUUCUUUACUCCUUUGAAAGUGACAGAUUGCAUUCUACCUUUAAGGUAGAUGAAAACAUGCUUCCAUACUGUAUGGUUGCUGUCUUGUAAGCACCGAACCAACAGCUAUUUUGUGAUUCUUUUGGCAUUUAUCGUUACUUUUUUAGCACGAAAUGUAUCAUUUCUUAUGAGCGACAAUAACUUUUUAACAACCUCAAUUCUGGCUUCAACUUCGACUCAUCUGCCCUUGGCUCUUUGUGUAUCUCCGACCCAAUCUUCGGACUACCCAAGAAGAAAUGCCGGCGAAAAGAGGCAGGAGAGCGGGUGUCCUGGUGAGACUAAGGCAAAGGGGAAACCGGCCACCACUCCCCUCCAUUCUAUUUGUUAAUAGAAUCAUUUGAUAAUAAGAUGGAUGACCUCCGGUCGCGGAUUUGCUAUCAACGGGAUUCUCGUAACUGCAAUAUUCUGUUUUUCUGAAACAUGGCUUUCGGACAAGAUACCCCCUAUGGCUAUCCAACUCGAUGGAUUCUCCAUUCACCGAGCGGACAGGACAUCGGAUUCAGGGAAAUCCAGAGGGGGAGGGGUAUGUCUCUUCAUCAACAGCAAAUGGUGUGCAGACUCUUAACACAGUGGAAGUCUCGACAAAUGCCGCCCCUUCUACCUCCCGAGAGAGUUGACUGCUGUAUAUAUUCCACCUCAGAACAACAAGCUGGCCCUUAACCAACUGUACCAGGCUAUAAACACGCAGGAAACCAUGCACCCGGAGGCUGCUUUCCUUGUUGCUGGUGAUUUUAAUUCCGCAUCAUUAAGACACAUGAUGCUAAACUUCUAUCAACAUGUCUCCUUCGCCACUAGGGGCAAUAAAGGCCUAGACCACUGUUACUCAACCCACAAGCAAGAAUACAAGGUCCUCCCUUGUCUCCCUUCAGAAAAUCAGAUCACGAGGCUAUACUCCUGCUUCCUGUUUACAAACAGAAGCUCAAAUCACGAAGUACCCGUGACAUGAGCCGUAGAGAAAUGGUCCACUGAAUCAGAGGCUAUGCUGCAGGACUGUUUUGCUAGCGCUGACUGAAAUGUGUUCCAGGGCUUCGCCGACAGCAUUGACGAGCUAACCACCUACGUCACUGGCUUCAUCGGCCCCACAGUGAAACCUCUUUUUGGUUUACACACACCAAACCCCUCCCCCUGCCUCUCAUCUCAACAAAGUUGAGAGAUCACAUCUUCCAUUUGAGGUUUGGUCCAAACGAAUCGCUCAUAUGGAAACACAUUGAGACAUUAUUUUACUGUAAUAGAGGAGAAGUUAACUUUUCUAACGAUACCCGUUUUAUGUCUCAACUAUUCAAAUUGCGUGCAGAGCAGACAAUACUAAAAUGAGAGUAUUAAUGAACAUUGAUUCUGGAAAAUGAAUGCUCAGUUUAUUGCGCAUGGCAUUGGGUUACCGCUGGCAGCAUUUUAGCCAUAGACUGUUAUACUAGCUGUCUAGUCAGUGUUUUAUAAAGGUGAAAUAAGCAAAAAGCACAAUUAUAUAAGGAAUUGGCAACUCGUUCUAAUUCUGAGAAAUGAGGUAGGCCACUUGAUUUCAACAUCUGAACAAAGUGGACAGGCUAACAUGCUGUUCAAACAGUUGGAGACAGACAGAAGGGUGUGUUCAUAACAAUUCAACCUUGUUAGCUAGCAAAUAAAUCCAAGUUGCCUAAACUUGAAAUAUAAAGAUUAGCUGGCUAAUCACUAGCAUGUGGGCUUGAGAGAUUGUUGAUGAGACCUGUGUUAAUUUUCUACAGCCUAAUGCCUGCUAGAAGAAGUUAGUCAUUAUUAGUGAAUGUGCAUUAUGCAUGGUUUUAGUUAAAUUUGUAACAAACAGGGCAUUUUCAUAGCCAGACUUGAAAGCCAGAUCAGUGAUUAUUGCAAAAAAAAAGCAGGUUAAAGUAUUUUGACCCUGUAGACAAAACUCGAUUUAUUACUACCAUUACGCUGCUGUUUGUUGAUUAUUCAGGACCAUUAGUAUCGACAGUCAGGUCCAUAAAUAUUUGGACAUUGACCAUGUUAUUAUUAUUCAGCUGUCUACCACAGCAUAUUGGAGUUGGAAUUAAAUAAUAAAGUGCAGACUUUCAGCUUUAAUUUGAGGGUAUUUACAUCCAAAUGGGGUGAACGGUGAAGGAAUUACAGCACUUUUUAUAUGUGGUCCCCCCCCUUUUUAAGGGACAUAAAGUCAUUGGACAAUUGGCUGCUCAGCUGUUCCAUGGCCAGGGGUGUGAUUGGCUGCUCAGCUGUUCCAUGGCCAGGGGUGUGAUUGGCUGCUCAGCUGUUCCAUGGCCAGGUGUGUGAUUGGCUGCUCAGCUGUUCCAUGACCAGGUGUGUGUUUGGCUGCUCAGCUGUUCCAUGACCAGGUGUGUGAUUGGCUGCUCAGCUGCUCCAUGACCAGGUGUGUGAUUGGCUGCUCAGCUGUUCCGUGACCAGGUGUGUGUUUGGCUGCUCAGCUGCUCCGUGACAAGAUGUGUGAUUUGGCUGCUCAGCUUUUCCGUGACCAGGUGUGUGUUUGGCUGCUCAGCUGCUCCAUGACCAGGUGUGUGUUUGGCUGCUCAGCUGUUCCAUGGCCAGGUGUGUGUUUGGCUGCUCAGCUGUUCCAUGACCAGGUGUGUGAUUGGCUGCUCAGCUGUUCCGUGACCAGGUGUGUGAUUGGCUGCUCAGCUGUUCCAUGACCAGGUGUGUGAUUGGCUGCUCAGCUGCUCCAUGACCAGGUGUGUGAUUGGCUGCUCAGCUGUUCCGUGACCAGGUGUGUGUUUGGCUGCUCAGCUGCUCCGUGACAAGAUGUGUGAUUUGGCUGCUCAGCUUUUCCGUGACCAGGUGUGUGUUUGGCUGCUCAGCUGCUCCAUGACCAGGUGUGUGUUUGGCUGCUCAGCUGUUCCAUGGCCAGGUGUGUGUUUGGCUGCUCAGCUGUUCCAUGACCAGGUGUGUGAUUGGCUGCUCAGCUGUUCCGUGACCAGGUGUGUGAUUGGCUGCUCAGCUGUUCCAUGGCCAGGUGUGUGUUUGGCUGCUCAGCUGUUCCAUGACCAGGUGUGUGAUUGGCUGCUCAGCUGUUCCGUGACCAGGUGUGUGAUUGGCUGCUCAGCUGCUCCAUGACCAGGUGUGUGUUAUUCCCUCAUUAGUUCAUUUACAAGGAAGCAGAUAAAAGGUCUAGAGUUGAUUUCUAGUGUGGCAUUUGCAUUUGGAAUCUGUUGCUGUUAACCCUCAAUAUGAAGGCCAAAGAGCUGAGUGAAUCAAGCCGUCACUAGGCUGAAAAAUCUAAACAAACCCAUCAGAGAGAAAGCAAAAACAUUAGUUGUGGACAAAUCAACUAUUUGGUACAUUCUUAAAAAGAAAGAACGCACUUGUGAGCUCAGGAAAACCAAAAGGCCCGGAAGACCACAGAAAACAACUGUGGUGAAUGACAGAAUAAUGAUUUCCCUGGUGAAGAAAAACCCCUUGACAACAGUUGGCCAGAUCAAGAACACCCUCCAGGAGGUAGGAGUAUCUGUGUCAAAGUCAAGAGAAGACUUCACCAGAGUAAAUACAGAGGGUUUACCACAAGAUUUAAACCAUUGGUAAGCCUCAAAAACAGGAAGACCAGAUUAAAAACCUUAAAAAGCCUGAACAGUUCUGGAACAACAUCCCAUGGACAGAUGAGACAAAGAUCAACUUGUACCAGAAUGAUGGGAAGAGAAGAGCAUGGAGAAGGGAAGGAACUGCUCAUGAUCCGAAGCAUACCACCUCAUCUGUGAAGCAUGGUGGAGGUAGUGUUAUGGCGUGGGCAUGUAUGGCUGCCAAUGGAACUCGUUCCCUUGUAUUUAUUGAUGAUGUGACUGCUGACAAAAGCAGCAGGAUGAAUUCUGAUGUGUUUAGGGCUUUUUUACCUGCUCAGAUUCAGCCAAAUGCUUCAAAACUCAUUGGAUGACGCUUCACAGUGCAGAUGGACAAUGACCUGAAUCAUACUGCGAAAGCAACCCAAUACUUUUUUUUAAGGCACAGAAGUAGAAUGUUCUGCAAUGGCCAAGUCAAUCACCUGACCUGAAACCAAUUGAGCAUGCAUUCACUUGCUGAAUGCAAAACUGAAGGCAAAACGCCCCAAGAACAAGCAGAAACUGAAGACAGCUGCAGUAAAGGCCUGGCAGAGCAUCACCAGGGAAGAAACCCAGCAUCAGGUGAUGCCUAUGGCUUCCAGACUUCAGGCAGUCAUUGACUGCAAAGGAUUUGUAACCAAGUAUUAAAGCUCACAAUUUAAUUCAUGAUUAUGUUAGUUUGUCCAAUUACUUUUGAGCCCCUAAAAUUGGGGGGCUAUGUAUAAAAUGGUUGUAAUUCCUACACGGUUCAGACAAUCAUUUUGACAAAACCCUUAAAUUAAAGAUGACAUCUUGAUUGUUUGUUUGAUUGAAAUCCAGAAAAUCCCAUUGUAUGAUUUUUAUGUAAUUAAUUUGCAUUUUAUUGCAUGACAUAAGUAUUUGAUCUGAAAAGCAGAACUUAAUAUUUGGUACAGAAACCUUUGUUUGCAAUUACAGAGAUCAUACGUUUCCUGUAGGUCUUGACCAGGUUUGCACACACUGCAUCAGGGAUUUUGGCCCAGUCCUCCAUACAGACCUUCUCCAGAUCCUUCAGGUUUCGGGGCUGUCGCUGGGCAAUAUGGACUUUCAGCUCCCUCCAAAGAUGUUCUAUUGGGUUCAGGUCUGGAGACUGGCUAGGCCACUCCAGGACCUUGAGAUGCUUCUUACGGAGCCACUCCUUAGUUGCCCUGGCUGUGUGUUUCGGGUCGUUGUCAUGCUGGAAGACCCAGCCACGACCCAUCUUCAAUGCUCUUACUGAGGGAAGGAGGUUGUUGGCCAAGAUCUCGCGAUACAUGGCCCAUCCAUCCUCCCCUCAAUACGGUGCAGUCGUCCUGUCCCCUUUGCAGAAAAACAUCCCCAAAGAAUGAUGUUUCCACCUCCAUGCUUCACGGUUGGGAUGGUGUUCUUGGGGUUGUACUCAUCCUUCUUCUUCCUCCAAACACGGCGAGUGGAGUUUAGACCAAAAAGCUCUAUUUUUGUCUCAUCAGACCACAUGACCUUCUCCCAUUCCUCCUCUGCACCAUUCAGAUGGUCAUUGGCAAACUUCAGACGGGCCUGGACAUGCGCUGGCUUGAGCAGGGGGACCUUGCGUGUGCUGCAGAAUUUUAAUCCAUGACGGCGUAGUGUGUUACUAAUGGUUUUCUUUGAGACUGUGGUCCCAGCUCUCUUCAGGUCAUUGACCAGGUCCUGCCGUGUAGUUCUGGGCUGAUCCCUCACUUUCCUCAUGAUCAUUGAUGCCCCACGAGGUGAGAUCUUGCAUGGAGCCCCAGACCGAGGGUGAUUGACCGUCAUCUUAGUGGUUAAGAGCGUUGUGCCAGUAACCAAAAGGUCGCUGGUUCUAAUCUCAGAGCCGACUAGGUGAAAAAUCUGUCGAUGUGCCCUUGAGCAAGGCACUUAACCCUAAUUGCUCCUGUAAGUCGCUCUGGAUAAGAGCGUCUGCUAAAUGAUUAAUUAUUAUUAUUAUAAUUAUUAUUGAACUUCUUCCAUUUUCUAAUAAUUGCGCCAACAGUUGUUGCCUUCUCACCAAGCUGCUUGCCUAUUGUCCUGUAGCCCAUCCCAGCCUUGUGCAGGUCUACAAUUUUAUCCCUGAUGUCCUUACACAGCUCUCUGGUCUUGGCCAUUGUGGAGAGGUUGGAGUCUGUUUGAUUGAGUGUGUGGACAGGUGUCUUUUAUACAGGUAACGAGUUCAAACAGGUGCAGUUAAUACAGGUAAUGAGUGGAGAACAGGAGGGCUUCUUAAAGAAAAACUAACAGGUCUGUGAGAGCCGGAAUUCUUACUGGUUGGUAGGUGAUCAAAUACUUAUGUCAUGCAAUAAAAUGCAAAUUAAUUACUAAAAAAUCAUACAAUGUGAUUUUCUGGAUUUUUGUCUACAUGCUUUGUAAGUAGGAAAACCUGCAAAAUCGGCAGUGUAUCAAAUACUUGUUCUCCCCACUGUAUAUCAACAUCAACUGUUCAGAUGAAACUGUGUGAAUCAGUCCUUCAUGGUCGAAUUGCUGCAAAAAAACAACUACUAAAGGACGCCAAUAAUAAGAAGAGACUUGCUUGGGCCAAGAAACACGAGCAAUGGACAUUAGACCAGUGGAAAUGUGUCCUUUGGUCUGGAGUCCAAAUUUGAGAUUUUUGGUUCCAACCGCCGCGUCUUUGUGAGACGUAGUGUGUGUGAACGGAUUAUCUCCGCAUGUGUAGUUCCCACUGUGAAGCAUGGAGGAGGAGGUGUUAUGGUGUGGGGGUGCUUUGCUGGUGACACUGUCUGUGAUUUAUUUAGAAUUCAAGGCGCACUUAACCAGCAUGGCUACCACAGCAUUUUGCAGCGAUACGCCAUCCCAUCUGGUUUGGGCUUAGUGGGACUAUCAUUUGUUUUUCAACAGGACAAUAUCCCAACACACCUCCAGGCUGUGUAAGGGCUAUUUGACCAAGAAGGAGAGUGAUGGAGUGCUGCAUCAGAUGACCUGGCCUCCACAAUCCCCCGACCUCAACCCAAUUGAUAUGGUUUGGGAUGAGUCAGACCGCAGAGUGAAGGAAAAGCAGCCAACAAGUGCUCAGCAUAUGUGGGAACUCCUUCAAGACUGUUGGAAAAGCAUUCCAGGUGAAGCUGGUUGAGAGAAUACCAAGAGUGUGCAAAGCUGUCAUCAAGGCAAAGGGUGGCUACUUCGAAGAAUCUCAAAUAUAAAAUAUAUUUUGAUUUAUUUAACACUUUUUUGGUUACUACAUGAUUCCAUGUGUUAUUGCAUAGUUUUGAUGUCUUCAAUAUUAUUCUACAAUGUAGAAAAUAGUAAAAAUAAAGAAAAAACCUUGAAUGAGUAGGUGUUCUAAAACUUCUGACGGGUACUGUAUAUACUUUUCAGCCCUGUUUACAUGUAUAUAUUACCAUUCGUAUAUUAUCAUAGUAUUCAUAUAUUCCUGCUACCAGUCACUUUUCAGCCCCGUUUACACACACACACACACACACACACACACACACACACACACACACACACACACACACACACACACACAUAUAUAUAUAUAUAUAUAUAUAUAUAUAUAUAUAUAUAUAUAUAUAUAUAUAUAUAUGUAUAUUACCAUAGUAUUUAUAUAUUCCUGCUAACAGUUACUUUUUACGUAUAAUCCCACCUCAACCACUCCAGUACCCCUGCACAUUGAAUAAGGUACUGACACUGACCGUUGGGAAAGAGCUCUCAAGUAAGAAUGUCACUGUAUUGUUUUACAUCUGUUGUAUCCUGUAUUGUUUUACACCUGUUGUAUCCUGUAUUGUUUUACACCUGUUGUAUCCUGUGCAUGUGGCGAAUAAACGUUGAAACUUGAAACUAGAUAGGUAGAUGGAUACAUGGACAGACAGACAGACAGACAGAUAGUUUAGCUUUGAAUCAAAAGAGAUUGAUCUAUCUAUCUUUCCCCUGCAGAUCCAGUCAGUGGAGGAGACGCUGGUAGAGGUCAGGGAUCAGCUGUCCCGCUCCGGGGUGGUGAACUCUGAUCUGGCCGUGCCCCUGUUUGACUUCCUGCUCCGUGUGGCCCUGGCCGAGGUCUGCUCCAGCCCCGAACCACAGGAGGACAAGGCUGAGAGG